UCACCCUCCUCCUGACCCCUGGCAGGUGAGCACUGCCCCUGCAGCCACCACUGCCUGAUGGCAUUUGCACAAGUGAGGAGGUCCUGCUCUUCGUGGUCACUGCAGGAAGGUGCUGGUCAUCUGGGACACUGAAACUCUGUCUCUCCCCCGGCUUUAGCAACAAGGCUGGGCACUGCUGUUCACACUCCCCUGCAUGUGCUGAGCAUGAAGUUUUUCUUCCAAUAUGUGGGCUGCUUUUUUGCUUUUUUCUCUGUUGGGCUUUUGAUAAUAUCUACCUGGACAGACUGCUGGAUGGUGAAUGCUGAUGACUCCCUGGAGGUGAGUACAAAAUGCCGUGGCCUGUGGUGGGAAUGUGUCACAAACGUUUUUGAUGGCAUCCAAACUUGUGAUGAGUACGACUCCAUCUACGCCGAGCAUUCUGUGAAGCUGGUGCUGACCCGAGCCAUGAUGAUAACAGCAGACAUCCUGUCAGGAUUUGGAUUUCUCUUCCUGGUCCUGGGACUGGACUGUGUGAAAUUCCUUCCCGAUGAGCCGCUCAUCAAGCUGCGCAUCUGCCUGGUGUCUGGGGUUAUGUUGCUCCUUGCAGGUCUCCCUGGCAUCACGGGCUCCGUGUGGUACGCCGUGGAUGUCUACGUGGAGCGCUCCUCUCUGCUCCUCCACAACGUGUUCCUGGGCAUCCAGUACAAGUUUGGUUGGUCCUGCUGGCUCGGCAUGGCGGGGUCACUUGGCUGCUUCUUGUCUGGGUCCCUGCUGACCUGCUGCAUGUAUCUCUUCAGAGAGACCAGUUCUGGAAGACUCCAUUCUGACUACUCCUUGAGGAAAGGCUAUUCCUCAGCUGCGACCGUCGUAACAAACGCGCAUUUGCCAUCCUCGCCAACAGCCACCUCCAAAAUGUACGCGGUGGACACAAGGGUGUGAGGAGGAGAUGCAGUUGAAUUUGAAGGAUCUGCUGCAUGCUACAUUUGCAUUAUGAGAGCUUCAAAAUACCUUUCAUUCAAGAAAGUAAACUCAGAAGAUCCUGCUUUCUGGAAUCCUCUUGUCUUGAGUGAUGAUGGGCCACUUGCAUAAGCACAGACUGAAAUAACCAACAUAAACUCUUUUCAGCAUUUGUCUCAACACUGUUGUAGAAGUGAGAUAAAUCAGCCAUUUGUGAAUCAGACUGCAGUGCUCUGCAUGAAGAUCCCCAAACUGCAAGAUGGAUCUGUUCCAUGUCUGGCAAUGUGUCGACAGUGUACAGAGGAGAAAAUCCUGGCAAAGGGAGAGACUGACUGUCUGACCAAUAUCUGGACCCCAUGCACUCAGUAUGGGGGUCUGCCCCUCUUACAGGCAGCUGGGGAGCUUUUCAGGAGAUAAGAGCUGUGUUAAAUGUCUGACCCUCUCUUUGGUCCAUGACCCUUCACACUGAGAAAAGAUUGUAAAUACAGGUGCAUUCUUCCCUGAAAAAUACAGUCCUUCUCAGUCAGUGUUAAAAGGCACACUACAAAUGCUCUAAACUCACUGAAAUCUGGAAAUUGCCAGCUUCAUUCUGCUUAAUAAAAACAUUGCUUGGACAAAGUGA